UUGCAAAAACAACAAGAUCAGUUUGACGCAGAAGUGGCAAAUGCCAUCUCAAGAGCUGGAGUCGCGACCGCAGAAGCAAGGACACUUAGUCUACAAGCAACUAGUUUGCGUUCGGGUUUGGAGGAGCAGCUUCGUUGUAAGUCGGAGGAAGUUGCGAAGCUUCAAGCGGAAGUAGAGGAAUUGACUACACAAAUUAAAGAUGCACACAUCAAAGAUGUGGAUGAUCAGUUUGCGCAACUCAAAACCAUGGAUUACAUGCUAAAACAAAGAUACACAAAACUGAAAGGAGAAAUCGAGAAGUUGCAAUCUGAGAAACGGAUCGCUUUCAAAGCUUUUGGUAAGCUGGUGAAAAAGUUGGCAAGGAAACUGAAUUGGGAUAUAAGUGGUGCCGUUGAGAUGAUCAAAACUGUGGAUAUGACUACCAUGACCGAUGAAAACGUGAGUAAAUUUUAUCAGGUUAUCCCUUGA